AUGUCCUUGGGUGAUGAUGAAUCAUGCCAAUUGUUGGGACCCGUUUCGUUAUUUAUUCAGUCAGCGAUGGGACUGCUAGCCAUUGGUGGUGUCUUGCUUAAGCGACGCUAUGAGACCCCUAAGAGGCGAUGGAGAGUAUGGCUGUUUGACAUUGGAAAGCAAGUGUUAGGCUCAUUGAUCUUACAUUUCUUGAAUGUUGGGAUCAGUAUUUUGAAGCAAGAUGAUCAGAGUUCCAUCAAACAGCUGUUGUAUCAAGACGACGGCGAUGACUCGGGGGGCGACCAAUGCGAUUGGUACUUCCUCAACUUACUCAUGGACACGACCCUUGGUACGCUCGUGCUGUGGUGGUUUUUAACGAUGCUGGAGCGUGGAUUUGCCAAGCUAGGGGUAGAAGGCAUUGAAAGCGGGAACUAUUACGCAGAGGAUGUGAAGCCGCCGGCAGGUGAGGAUAAUGAUGACCGAGAACGAUUUUCUUCGCACGACAGCUUCAGUCCGCCCCAACACCGCGAACCGCUAUUUAGUGCUUUUUUGAAGCAACUUGCGGUCUACGUAUGUGGACUGUCACUGACGAAAUUGUGCGUAUUUUUCAUUUUAACAUAUUUCGAAGUGGUGGCAGUGUGGUUUGCGGACUUGGCGCUUGGAUGGUCGAACCCAUGGCCCAAUUUUCAAGUGUUUCUCGUGAUGUUUGUCUUUCCAGUGUUGCUCAAUUGUUUCCAGUACUUUUGCGUUGACAGUAUAAUAAAACUACACCCCAAGACAAUGUCUUCCAGCGAACGUGAGAAUUUCGAGUAUAUCUACAACGACCCGGAUAACGCGAUCGGCCGGAAGCGUCGAAAGAACGACUAUGGUGCUACCUGCUGA